AUGUUCAGCUCGACGUGGGUUACCGCCGCUCCUAGCGCCUCGACAGCUCCGCAAGCGCCUCACGACGCUUAUGAAUUGGCCGGAGAGUACGGCGCAGAGGCCGCUGCCAAGUUGUCGCGUGUCUUAGAAUCUCUAGAGGCCGCAGGGUUCCCCAAGGCGGGUGUGAACUCGUACAGCGCCUUCGACCGCGUUCUCAGCGGCGUCACGUGGUUAUUACAGCGAAUUGUGAAGAGAGAGGACGCUGAGAAGGGAAGAGUGCGAUGGGACGUGCUAUUCCAGUCCCACGACAAGAUGAAGCCUCGACUGGGGCUUGCACAGGAGGCAGUACGCUGCAUCGAGGCUCUUAGUUAUACCUGCCCUGUGGCGAUCCAGCCGCAUCAGUUGCUGCUUCAGGACUUUGGAGACAUUGAAACAAAGAGGGGAAAGAAGCUCAUCAUUUGGAUAAAAUCCGUCGGGAGAGAGCGUAUCUGCAAGUUAUGA